CCGCCAACGACUCGGAAGGCAGCUCAUUUGUUAACCACGAGUGUAUUCACAUUAUAUGUAAUGGAGAUUUUGGUUUACUGUACCAAUGCAAUUCUCUGACCAAAAGAUAUAUGGCAGUAUACAAAAAAUCUGCCUUAUGGAAAAGGAGUUGGUUAAUUUCAAACUGUGGGUUCUGAAUUCAAUCAUAUGCAUUUAAGUUCUCCCCCCAUACCGGACUAUCCUCUGUUAAACUUCUCUCUGUCAUUUGUGUGUGACUGUGUGUGCGCGCCUGUGUGUGCGAGUGUGUGUGUGGAUUUGUAGUGAAGAAGUCAAAAGCAGCCUCCUGGUUGAUGGCUGAAAGUGGUCCUCUGCCCGCCAACAGGGGACUGUAAACAUUUGCAAAAGGCCAGGAUGCUUUCAAGCCCCGCCCCUCUCUUAUUUGUCCUCUAUUGUCUCUCUCUCUUUCUCUUCUUACAUUAACUCCCAUCUCUCCUAGGUGCUUUAGAGCGAAGCACUAGAUGUUACGUAAAGUUACAGAGUUGCUCAAACAUGGACCUAUUAAACAUUUGUAUGCCGCAGGUUGCACUCACACUAGGUACCUUAUGAUGCUCAAGCAUGCUUUUAGAUGUGCAUUUGUACCCUCUGAAAAGAGCAAAAUCAUAUUACACAUGAUACCUAAUGUCAGGAUUGUUUCACUAAUGUUAAGGGCACUGUAUCAUGCUCCAUCAGUUCAUCUGCGAGUUAUUAAUAACUACCACCGUGCAUGACAGUCUAGCAGCACUCUGGAGAGUGAAUUCUACAGUGACAAAAGUUGUAAAACAAAUUUAGAAUUUUAGGUAUACAAGUUUUACAUGAAUAAGGGUCAAAUAGUAUAUUAAAAAAAAGUUUUAAUAUUAAGAAAAUAGUCACCAUAUUCUGACCAAAGAAGUUUUAGUUGGAAGAGAAUGAUGUCAUCACAAGAAUAAAAUCAUAUUAAUCUAGGGGGAGGGGGAGUAAUUUUAAGAAAAUGUUCAAAAUAUAAAAAAGGUGAUUGCAUUACAAUAACAUAAUUAUGAUAAUAUACUAAAUAUGAGAGUCACAAUGCGAGAAAAGUAGCUUUUAUUGAAUAAAACUAAUUCAUGAAAAUUUGCUGUUAUGGCAAAAGUAGUCCAUUUAGCAGAAUAUUUUUAAUCACUAGUAUAAAGUGAAAAUAUGAGAAUUUAAAUUUUAAGAGAAUGGUUGAAAUAUAAUUAAAAUAAUCAAAAUAUGAGAAAAAUGCUUGUAUUUUUAAUAGUUGAAAUUACAAGACUAGUCAAAUUAUUAUUGGGAAAAAAGAUGUAAGUUUAAUUGUAAUUAUUUGAGUAGAGAGUUUGUAAAAAGGCCACACUUUAUAGGGGAAGUCACCCCCCCCACCCCCAAAAAAGAUAAUUUUAUGAGAUUAAAGUAUGACCAUGACUGCAGGUUUGGUCAGUGGUUAGUAUACUAAAAAUUUACUUCAUUAUUUUGACCCUUUUUCUGUAAAAGUUAUUUAUAUGUAUUUUUUAUUUUGUUGUAAUUUUACAAUAUAGAUUUUAAAAAAAAAUGUAUUUCUUUGUGGCACUAAUAUAAUAAUGACUCAAAAUGAGCCCCAAGGUGGUGAAUAAAGUAAUAAUGCAGCGUCGUAUCAUGAAGUGUAGACAUUUGUGUGCGCGCUUGGGCACAGCUGAAUCUUGUACAGUUACCAGCUGCGGCUAACCAUGCGUGAGCACGUUAUGGGACUGUUGGCCCAGUGAGAGUGCACCUUACGGAUAUACCAGGAAGUUUCCAAAAUAAGCACUUGAUUCUGAAUUGGGGCAUGCCGAAGACAACGUGGUGAUUAGUUGGAAGCGUAUAUAUUGUCGAGAUGCAUACGCUGUACAAACCUGUAUCCAAAACAGGUUUGAGACCAGCCGUAGUCAUUAAAAGCACUUGCAUAAUAGUCUGAGAUGGCCGCCGACAUGACUCACUGGAUGUUGCUACACUGUUUAACAUUUAACAGUGGUCUUCUUUUUGUUGUUGUGUUUUACAGUUGUUUUUCCCUGGCUCAGCCAGUCCCGUAGACUGAAACGCUGCUGCAGAAAAUACCAUCCGACUUAAUUUGUCUCCUGCAGCCAUUUUCUCUCCCCCCCUCUCUCUUUCUCCAGUGUGCUCUUUUUGUUUACAUGUUGUCGUGUGUGUGUGUGUGUCCACGAUGUCUGACUGUCAGAGUUUUAGAGGAAUUAAAGGGGGUAGGGGCACUUCACUGCGGGGUAAGCAGCGUCGUGCUGUUGGGGUGCUUUAGUCAAGGUGGUGGGACUUAAGAGCUGUUCCAAAACAAGUCAAGAGGAAGAAUGACAUCCAAUUACAGAAGACAAAGCCAGCCAAACCCCAGACCUAAACCCAAUUGAAAAUCUGACCUCAUAAAAGAUACCCUUGCAUUUGUAUGGCUUUGCGAAGACGAGCUUGCAGAUAAUGGCCAGUUUAGAUGUGCCAUGCUAAUAAACUCAUACCAAAAGGUUAAGUGCAUGGGCUCCUCGGUUUGCAACAGCCUCAACAUACGUUUUGAGGUUACAAAAUACAGUGAUGCCUUGAGAUUAGAUGGACCCACCUUUUCAUAACACAGGCCGUCCUUAGGUUAAUUUUUAUUUUAUUUUUCUCUUUCCUUCCUCCUUCCUUUGCUUUGACUUGCACUGAAAUUUGAGAUUGAGCGCUGUGUGGUAGCAGUGAAUGCAACUCUGCUCACUUUGUAACAAGCAGCAGUUUUGGCAUUGCUAUAGUGAAUAGUGAACCAUUCUUCAGAUAAAGAGGCUUGGAGCCCAGUUAAUGUUUACUGUCCACCUAAACAUAGAGAAUUACUCGUGGAUUUAAGAUUACCACAUAGCUUUGCUUUGGUAGAUAUAUUUAGUUUAAUGCUAAUAUACAAUGCAAAACGCCAUAGACAGGCUAUUAGCUUUCCUUCGGGUAAAUAUGUUUAGCUUAAUCCUAAUGUACAAUGCAAAACACCAUAGACAGGCUAUUAGCUUUGCUUUGCGGAAAUUGUUUAGUUUAAUGCUAAUAUACAAUGCAAAACGCCAUAGGCUAACUAAUAGCAUCAGUGUUACAAUGUUAUAAUCCUUUAAACACAAUCGGUGGAGCAGCACUCAUGACAUAUAUUCUUUAUCCUCUUAUGAAGAACAACUAAUAUUUCUGCGGCUUCUUGAGAAGUUGUGACCUUCUCCAUGUAUAUUUGUAUGUCAGUAUUAUGCUGCUCCCAGGUGGCUAAGGUGCGGACACCAGAAUGAGCAGUACAAUGUCCACUGAAUUGAAGCAAAAAAAUUUCAAAAACCAUUUAAUUCUUUACAUUCUAUUAAUUCUUAUUAUUAUUACUGGUGUCUCCAUUCUCAAUGGGAUAAGAGAGGUUUGAGAUGUUUUGAGUUGUCACACAACGAAUUAAUCUUGUAUCUCAAGGCAUCACUGCGUUUUGCGCAGCGGCGGCAGAAUACGUACUUUACUAAGGUAGCGUAGGUUCGUGAUGGACUUGCGUCCAAAUUCCUAACGUGGUGGCAAACUGAGGACCCUGGUGUUAAGUUUAGGGAAGUCACACUUGAAUGCUUAUUUUAUGCCUGCAUUGUUUCCUUUUGAAAAUGUACAGGUUCCAGGUCACAUUGUGUUUUUAAAUCGGGGGUGUUUACUUGCCGUGAUACUUAAUUCACGACCAUCAAACAAAGUAAAAGGAAGAUUGCAAAAUGCUUUUAGCUGCUAAAGUUUUUACUUUCCUGUGACUUGAGUAGUUGAGUGUAAUAGAUGCAAUGACAGGUAAGGAGAACAAAAAAAUGUUACAGCAGUUUGAUGCUGCUACUAUCAUGUGGUAUAUUUCACUGUGAUGUGUAUUUUUUUUAAUUAAAUUAUUUAUUUUGGAGACAUUGUGUCAGACUUUUUGCCAACCGCCCUAAAAUUCUCUCUGUUGUUUGUAUCUCCGAUUUUUUUCUCUGUGUGCUUUUUAGUAGCGAAGGCGCCGUGAGUGAGUCGCUUGUUUGAGUAAACCGUCUAAAUGAAAACUCACUGCCCAUUGGAGAAGAGCUGGGCUUGCUCACGUUUGGUUCAUGACUUAGCAAACACGUUCAGGAUCCAUCCCGGACGAGGCCAAAGCGUUGUCCCUGCUGGCGCCGGCAAACGCCGUUGCGGGGAUCCUGCCCGGUGGAGGACUUCUCCCCACGCCCAACCCCAUGCCCAAUCCUGCUAUGGGAGCAAACCCCUUUGCUGGUCUCAACAUGGAUGCAAUGGCUGCAUUUGGAUUCCCAGGACCCAACAUGAAUCCUCAGGCUGCUGACCAGCUGCUGAAGCUCAUGACAGAUCCUCAACUCAACCCACUGGCCGCCGGCUUGAACCUGAGCGCCGGCCUCAAAGCCGACGCAGCCAACAAGGAAAUGGAGGAGGCCAUGAAGCGGGUGCGAGAGGCACAGUCUCUCAUUUCUGCCGCCAUAGAACCCGGAAAUGACGGCCGGAAGAAGCGUUCUCGGUCCAGGUCCAGAAGGAGGCGCACCAGAUCCAGGUCCAGACGCAGGCGAAGCGGCAGCAGGUCCAGACGGCGCUCGGUCUCCAGAAGCAAGCGGCGCUCCAAAAGCCCUCGCAGGAGGCGGAGCCGCUCCAGAGACAGAGGCAGGCGCUCCAGGAGCAGAUCCAGAGAUCGUAAGAAAGAAGAGGCGGCGAGGAGGAGGUCCAAAACGCCGCCCAAGAGCUACAGCACCACUCGCAGAUCACGUAGCAUCAGCCGGAGGCGCAGGCGCAGUCGCAGCGCCAGCCGCUCCCCCAAGAAGUCGCCCAAGAGACGUAGCUCCAGAUCUCCGUCACCUCGCAGGCACAAGAAGGAGAAGAAGCGCGACAAGGAGCGCGAGCGCCGCAGCGAUAAAGACAGAGGACGAGAGGAGAGAGACAGGUCCACCAGCAAGAAGAAGAGAAGCAGGGACAAGGAGAGGGACCGCGACCGGGACCGCAAGUCUGAUGCAGGAGACAAGGAAGAUAUCAAGAUCACGAGGGAUUACGACGAAGAGGAGCAGGGCUACGACAGCGAGAAGGAGCGUCAGGAGAGGAAGGCGUCCGACUACUCUGACUCGGACUACCCGCCGCAGUUCGCCGAUGGCAACGGCGACUCACGGCAGGCCAACGGCGACGACGAUGACGGCGACGCCCACGAAGACGACAUGGAUGUCAGCGACUAAGCGCGCCGUCCUCCGCUCUGUCACGCUCGGUUCAAAGCAGAAAAAAAAGAACACUCUCCCCAUCAUGAUUUGCCUCCUCUCCACCCGUCACAUUUAGCGCAUUGAUGCUUUGUCACAGUUAAACUGGAAGUCCAAUUGUGUUGCUUUUCUGCUCACGUUACACAUAUAAUUCAUAUGCUUUCUUUUUGGUAGGCUCUCCCUCGUCGAUGUUAGCAGCUCGUUAUUUGGAAAUGUUUGAAACGUUUCUUUUAUCAUGGUUUCUUUUAUAUAAAUAAAACCCGUUUGGUAAAUGA